AUGGCAUUGUUGUAUCACCGCUGCUACGACACGGAUCUCACCGCGGUGACGGAGGGAAGCAGCAGCCUCCGCGAAACCCGCAUGUCGUGGUCCUACACGGACCCACGGGUGGAUGAAACGAUUGUUGUUCUUCUUCUUGCCGCAUCCGCCACCUUCAAGGAGCCAGCCGACGGCGAUGCCAUGCAAUAUGCACUGAAGGUCAUUCUUUUUACAGCCACCGCUGCAGAAAACCAAACCGAGCGCGUUGUUUACAUGGAGUCAGCACGGCGCGAAGUGCACAGCGCGAUAUUUGAGUUUCACGCGCCGUUAGACGUGUCCGUCGUGAAGGGAACAAGCGGUCUUGUCUUUGCCUCUACGCGACAAUUCUUCUUUCAUGCCGUCGCAGGGGGGAAGUCAUUGGAUCGCUUUGUUUUUCUCCCCGUUGAGCGGACGUGGGAACGGCAGUGUCAUGCGCUACGACCGUUAGAUGAAGUGGAGCCCAUUUCCCGUCUUCUUGCCGAGGUGAAUGGCGACAGUCAACCACAGCUUCUUCUGAUGGCCAAAACUGGAUUCUCACCCGCAUCAGAGUCAUUGGCAGAGGAAGAUAGCAUUGACCUGUUGCUGGUGGCGUCAAGGGAAGAAGGUACAAGGGGGAGUUCACAAAAGAGACAACGUAUGGCGAGGUUGAUAAAAAGGAAUACAACAACUUCUCACCUGCAAACUGAAGGAUUGUACACCUUUGUUCUUGCGGUGGUGCGGUGUACCAUUCCAACCGAGCGUGUGGCGACCGCAAAAUGGGAAUUGUUACACUUGUGUGUAGACCGUGAGGUGCCCUUUCAAAAACAAGAAAACACUGGCAGCAUGGACGGGUGGAACACCGAAGAUCCAAGAUCUAGCGAAAGUGUUAUUCAGCCAGGUCAGUGCACGUGGUGCUAUAUACAAUGUUCUAAUGUAGAGACAGAGGGAAGGAGACAAGGCGCGGACAAGAAGGGUAUUCAGGAGAGUGGGGCACGUGGUAUUGUUGUUGCCAUAGUACCACAGCCAUCCCAUGUUGUUACUGUAGUUUGCGGUGGAUUUGACGCGGAGAGUCAUUCCUAUCUUCUUGGUUUUGUGUCCAAUCAGGCAACAGGAAGCAGUAAUGUUCUGCAUCAUCCCGUGGAGGAAAUGGAGAAUCCUGAGGAGACACUCUGGAGUCUGUCUGAAGACACUCAUACGGUGCAAAUGAUGGUAUUGGGUACACCAACGGUUUCACUGCAUGGACCGAGUGAAGCAGACGCGGGUCGAGUCUCGCCACGAGUUUAUCAAGCUCAACGUGCCCUUCGUUCUCAUAGCCCUUAUAAGUACUGCGAUAAAAGCACUGGUGGUUGGAUGCGACAGGUGGGCUUGUCAAUGGUACUACGCUUUGUGGUGGACUUCCUUGAUGAUGGCAUAGGUCAUGUUCGUACGGAGUUGGAUGUUAUCAAAAGCGGCCGACAGGGUUUGUAUCUUGUUGCGGGUGUACCUUGGGCAAAGAGUCGACAUGGUCGUUUCCCAAUCCCACGCACUGUCUGCUGGAUUGGCACCGCACCACUGCCCA